AUGACACCUCGAUUAUUUUCUCAUCUUCUCAAACAGUACCGUUGGAUACCUUUCCGAACUUUUGCUGUCAAACGAGAAUCCAAACAUUAUCCAUUAGAAAAAAUCCGAAAUAUUGGUAUUUCAGCACAUAUAGAUUCAGGCAAAACAACUUUAUCCGAACGUGUUCUUUUCUAUUCUGGACGUAUUCAAGCAAUGCAUGAAGUGAAAGGCAAAGAUGCAGUAGGUGCAACAAUGGAUUCUAUGGAACUUGAACGUGAACGUGGUAUAACUAUUCAAUCUGCUGCAACCUAUGUUGAAUGGAAAGGUUAUAAUAUUAAUAUUAUUGAUACACCUGGGCAUGUCGAUUUUACAGUUGAAGUUGAACGUUCUUUACGUGUACUCGAUGGUGCUAUUCUUGUUGUAUGUAGUGUCGGUGGUGUACAAUCACAAACAAUAACAGUGAAUAGACAACUUAAUCGAUAUCGUGUACCAUUUCUCACUUUUAUUAAUAAACUUGAUCGUAUGAAUGCUAAUCCUAGUCGAGCAAUGGAUCAACUAAAAUCAAAACUUGGUCAUAAUGCUGCUUUUGUACAAAUUCCUAUUGGUCUAGAAGGAAAUUUCAAAGGAAUAAUAGAUCUUAUUGAACGAAAAGCUAUUUAUUUUAAUGGUCCACAUGGAGACGAAGUAUCUGUAGAAGAAAUUCCUGAACAAUAUAAACAAGAAACUGAAAAUAGACGACGAGAUUUAAUUGAAACCAUAUCAGGUGUUGAUGAUGAACUUGGUGAAAUGUUUCUUAAUGAAGAAACUCCUAAUGAACAGCAAAUUCAUGAUGCUAUUCGUCGUUGUGUAAUAAGUCGUAAAUUUAAUCCAAUAUUUGUUGGAUCAGCUUUAAAAAAUAAAGGUGUACAACCAUUACUCGAUUCUGUUAAUCGUUAUUUACCUAAUCCAGCUGAAGUUGAAAACAUUGCACUUGAUGAAUUAGGAAAAGAAAAAAAGACAAUUAAACUUGAUCCAACACGUUCAUUUGCUGCACCAUUUGUUGGUUUUGCAUUUAAAAUUGAAGCUGGUGGUCGAAAUACAAGUGCAACACAAUUAACAUAUGUACGUGUUUAUCAAGGUGGUGUUAAACGUGGUGAUACACUUUAUAAUAUGCGUACAUUAAAAAGAACACGAGUAUCAAAACUUGUUCGUAUGCAUUCGAACAAAGCUGAAGAAGUUGAUGAAGCUUAUGCUGGAGAUAUUUGUGCAUUUUAUGGUCUUGAUUGUGCUACUGGUGAUACGUUUGUUAAUGAUAAAGCAUAUCAAAUUAGUAUGGAAUCGAUUUUUGUUCCUGAUCCAGUUAUUUCAAUGUCAAUAAAAUGUUCAUCAAGUACUGAUGUCGAGAAAUUUGCUGCAGCUCUUGCAAGAUUUACUCGUGAAGAUCCAACCUUUCGUAUUGUUUAUGAUGAAGAUAAUAAAGAAUCAAUAGCUAUGGGUAUGGGAGAAUUACAACUUGAUAUUUAUGCACAACGUAUUCAACGAGAAUAUGGUGUCAAAAUUGAAAUGGGUAAACCGAAAGUUUCAUUCCGAGAAUCACUUGUUAGUCCUAUUAAAUUCGAUUAUCUUCAUAAGAAACAAUCUGGUGGUGCUGGUCAAUAUGGUCGAGUAAUUGGAAUUCUUGAACCUUUAUCGCCAGAUAAAUUUGCUACUGUUGAAUUUUCGGAUGAAACAUCUGGCACAAAUGUACCAUCACAAUUUAUACCAGCAAUUAAAAAAGGUUUAAUUCGAGCUUAUGAAAAAGGUUCUCUUAGUGGAAAUAAAAUUAGUGGUGUUAAAUUUCGUUUACAAGAUGGUGACAAUCAUAUUGUUGAUUCGAAUGAACUUGCUUUCAUGUUAGCUGCUGAAGGAGCUAUACGACAAACACAAGAAUAUGGUCAAUGGCAAAUAAUUGAACCUGUUAUGCUAGUUGAAAUAAAUGCACCAAGUGAAUUUCAAAGUGCUGUACAUUCAUUAGUUAUUAAACGUUUUGGUAUUGUAUCCGGUAUUGAACCACGUGAAGAUUGGUUUACUAUGUUGGCUGAAAUUCCCCUUAACGAUAUGUUUGGUUUUUCUACUGAUAUUCGGUCGCAUACACAAGGCAAAGGUGAAUUUUCUAUGGAAUAUGUUCGUUAUUGUCCAGUACGACCAGAUGUAUCAAAUAAAAUAAUUCAACAAUAUCAAGAAAAUCUUGACCAACCACAACAACAACGACGAAAAAAUUAA